AUGACUGAAAACACAAGUGAUCCUUUAACUACUUUAACACAAGAACUAAUAAAAAUCAAUCUAAUUGAUUUAAACACAAUUCCACCGGAAAAUGCCAAAAAUUAUUUCGAAUAUUGUUGUUUAAACCUCUCACAUUACCUUGAAUACUUGUCAAACUCAAAUAUACAUACAUUCUAUCAGUUAGAUAUUCUCACUGAAGCAAUAAUUUCGAUUUUCGACCUCAAUACAAAAUUUAAUACUCAAUUAAAACAAGUUAUCAAAGAAUAUUUGACAAAACUGAUCAAUUUAGAUUUCAAGUACGGCAAUGAGCCACCAAAAUACCAGAGAGGAAACGAAAAAACGAAACAAAUGUCAAGAUUGCAGAUUUACUCAGAACUAAUUGAUAAGAAGCUCAAAUUACCCGAAACAAAGCUCUCAGAAAUCUUACAAUAUACAAUUUUUCAACUAAAUACAGAAUAUAAAAUUAUUUCGGAUCUUCGGCUCGAAAUUGGCACUCCAGAACAAAAUACUCCAGAUAACUAUAAUGACACAAUCAUUAGUGUUAAUCUAGAUAACUUAGUUCCAUAUUUGUUUGUUGAUUUUGCUAUUAAUUUGACAAAUCCAAACAUUUCAAGGCAGAAAACAGCUGAUGAUGAAUUCCUUGAUACAAUGUUACAAACAGAAUACAAUUCUCUUAACGAAAUCGCUUCAAAAUUAUUCUUAUUCAAAGGAUCCAAGAUUCCCAUCAACAUUAAAGAGAAAUUCACCGAGAAAAUACUGUUAAUGAUGUUUGUCAAACCAUUUACAGUGUUAAUCUUUAAUUCUUCCGAUGAAAUGUCAGAUGAUAAAUUAAUUUAUUACAUUUAUUCGGACAUGACAUGUGGAACAGAGUUUUUGAACAAAUACAUGGCAAAAUCUGUUACAAACACUAUGAAUCAAAUGAAGAAAUACGAUGUAGACCCUGUUUUUUACAUUUUUUCCAAAAAAGAAAAAAUUUCAAAAGAAGAAGCGAAAAUUUUGUUGCAAAAUCCAGAUUUAAUCAAAUAUUUGAACAAAAACUACGAAGAUCAUCAAUUACUUUUGAAUUGUCUGCAAAAAACAACUCAAUUUAAAUUUGAAUUUUCAAAAUUUGGAAUUUCGACACUUUUCACGGGCGUGAUUUCUAACAAUAAUUUGAUUGAAAAAUAUUUAGGUAUAUUAACAAACAAACUACAAAUUUAUACAUUAAAUUUGCUGAAAAACAAUGGAAUUUUGAAUAUUUUAUGUGAAUUAGGUAUAAAAAGUGACAAAAAUUUGCCAGAAAUACAAAUAAUCAAAGAAAAAGAAGAAAUAUUCGGAGAAAUCUCUGAGUUACAAUAUAUUUUAACUUACGUUGAUUUUUUGGUUUCUCAAAAAAGUGACAUCCAAAACAUUGACACUUUUCUUCCGUUAUUUUCUCAUUAUUUAGUUCCAAAAGAAAUCAAAGAAAAAUUUUUCAAAAAAUUCGAGUCAAAUCUUCCAAGACUUUUGCAACAUCAAAUGAAUUUGAUCGCUUUAGUUUUGAAUGAAAGUUUGUCACCUUUUGAAACCGUUAAAAAUUAUUUGACAAAUGUCACUUUUUAUUCAAAAAAUGACAACUUCAAAAUCAAUCAAUUUUUGACGAUUAUCAACAAUUUGAAUGAAAAAGAUUCAUAUGAAUAUAUUUUAUUGAUUGAAAAUUUCAAAGAUAUAUUUAAAGUUUUGCCGAAAGAAAAACAAAUCUUUGUAUUGAAGUUGUUGUCUAAAUUUGACAAUCCGAAGAUUAUUUCUGACCUCACUUUUGACAUUGACUGGAAAAUUAUAUCAGAAAUUGCUGGAUCAAUUUGUUUGUCAAAGCCACAAACAGCUUCUAUAUUAUUAGAGAAAAUUUAUUCUAAAAUGACAACAUUUGAUCUCUUUCUUUCAUCAAUUCCAGAACAAUGCGAUGAAAUUGAUCAAAAUUUCUUUGUUUUAUUCAACGAUUUGUUAGAAAAAUGUCAAUCAAAAUACAAUGCUAUAAAUUACUUCAGAAAUCCUCCAAAAAUAGAAAAUAUUUGGCCAGAAGAUUUACCAAAAAAUAUUAAUAAUAAAAAUAUUAAGAAAUCUGACCAAAAAGUGACAUCUCAAAAAGUGACAAAAAGUCAAAAAAUUCCAAAUAAUCAGCAAAACUUAUCUGAUCAAAACAAUGAAGAUAGUCUUGAUCAAUUGCUCGAUUUAAUUCAAGAUAGUUUUGUAACUGAAGUUUUGGCAAAUCAUAAUGAUAAAGAAAGUGAAAAAGUGACACAUAAUCAACAAAACUUAAAUGGUCAGAAUAAUGAAAAUAAUGAAAAUUUUGUUGAUCAAAAUAAUGAAAGAAAUGAAAAAGUGACAGACCAAAAAGUGACAAAUUCUAAUGAUGAAGAAAAUAAUGAUAAUUUGUGGGUUGAUAACAGAGAAAUUACGAGAUGUAGGAAUAAGAAGACGAAACAGAAAAUGUUCCAAUGUUUCACAUGCAAAGAUAAUCCAAUUGUUUGUUUGAAUUGUGCUUCUGUUUGUCACAAAAACCAUGAUUUGGUUUACAUUGGAGAAGAAAACACAAAAUGCCAAUGCAGUACUAAAUCAUCAUGUUCAUUCAAAGAAAAACAGAAACAAACAGAUUUAAUUUCAAUUUCUCCUGAAAUUGCCUUCCAAACUUUUAUCAAACUUUCAAAAAUUUUCAAAGAUAAUUUUGAUUUGAAACCAUAUGAUUCUAUUCCAUUUACUUUUAUUCCUGUUCAACCAACAACAUUCAUUGGUGACAACGCAAUCAUUUUGACUGAUUUAAGACAAGUUGAUGAAUCAUUUGAUAACACAAAAAGAAAAUUGGAAUAUACAAAAAUGAAUAUGGCAAUGACAUAUUGUUCAGAACAAUUUAUUUUGUUCGCAAUAGGAAGAACAAUAAAAGUUGUCAAUUCUGACAUGUCAAAAAUUUUAUCAUCUGUCAAAUUAGAAAAAGUUAUUUUGCAUAUGUCGAAGAAUGAAAAUGAAGAUUUUAUUUUGGUGACAUCACUUUAUAAUGCAUAUAUUUUAUCUGUUUCUAAUUUUGGAACAAUCAAAUUUGAAAAUGAAAUUGAUAAUGAUGACAUUAUUUAUGAUUCAGGAUUUCUUGAUAAUACAUUUUGUUAUUUUGUUUGUGCAGAAAGAAUCAAAAUCUAUAAUACAAAAACAAAGAAAUUAAUAAGAAUAACUCAUGAUCAUUCAGGUGAUUUCCUUUCUUUGACUUGUUUCGAUGAAAAUAUUUUUGUUACUUUUCGUGAUGGAAAAAUGUUUACAAUGAAAAUAUCGGAUUUGUCAGAAAACGUGACAGUUAAACCAAACAUGAAGACACAACUGAAAAGAUUUAGUUGCUUGGAUGUUUAUGAUAAUCUUGUUUUUGUUAAUUCUUCUUCAAACAUGAUAAUUUAUGAGAAAAACAAAUUUGUUAAUGAUUCUAAUGAAUUUUUGUAUGAAUUCAAUACAAAAUUCGAAGGAAUGUUAAGAUUUUUACUUUAUUUCAAUGGUUAUUACAUGUUUGUUCAUACAAAAACAAAUGCUUUGUUUGGAAUGAAACUUGAAAACAGAAAUAUCAGAUUUUUGCAAUUUACAAAAGUAAAUACAACGAAUUUCCCACUUUUGGAAGGAAAAUUGUCAUUGGUCGGAACAUUUAAGAUGAAAGACAAAGUUUAUUCUCUUUCUAAUCUCGGUUACAUUCAUGAUUUCUCUCCAAACAUUUAUUAUCUCAAGACAUCAAAUGAAAAACUUGAAAAAUUGAAUAAUGUUGAAAACAUUGUUCCUCCUUCAUUUUGGACAAAAUUAACUUUGCAAAAUAAGAAUUGCGAAGUUAAAAAUCAAGACGGAAACAAAAUCAACGAAGUUUUACAUGGCGAAAGAUUUAUUUUCCGUCCAGGAGAAAAAGAGAAAACCGCUACGAUAAAACUGACAAAUUGUCCAGAUGAAGUCAUUUGUGGAUUUGUUAUUUCUUUGGGUUCUAACUCUUUGAAAUAUUUGCCAUCGUAUAUUUCAUGUAAUGGAGAAAUUUUGAGACCAGAUUCAAAGCGAAAAUAUAAUUUUCCUUUACUCCCAAGUAAUGUUUCGAAAGAAGUCACUUUGUCAUUUGUUAAUAAUGAUCAAUGUGAAAGUAAUUUUGACGGAAUUGAAGUUUACACAUGUAAAGUGUCAGAUAUCAAAUUAGAAUCCAAAUGGAGAGAUUCAGAUGAUUUGAUGAACUUCAAUUUCGAUGGAUUCGAUCGAUUUAAUGCUGUAGAAAGAUUUGCAUCAAAGUUGGCAAUGACAAUUGAUUUUGAAAAAUUGAAUGUUUCUGAUGAUCAAUUUUCUGAAGUUGUAAAGUUGAUUUACACAAACCGCUAUUUCUCACAAAGUUCACGUUAUAUUUGUACGCGAAUUCAAGUCGAAGAUAAGAGAGAAAAAUGGCCUAAAACAGCUGUUUCAUGUUUUAAUGAGAUUCCUAGAAUUCUUUCAGGUGAUUUCUGGAGAGAUUUCAACUUAAAUGAUCACAACUCAGAAAUCAAACUUCCAGAUUCAAUUGAAGACAAAAUCACUGAAGAUUCUCUUAUUUCUGCUUUUAUGAUGAAUUAG